AGCUGCAGCGGUCUCUCUCCUCCUCCUCCAGCUGUUUGUGUUCAUUUCCUGGUCAGCUGAUUCAGACGGAGAAAAGACAAGCGCGCCGCUAGCAUCCAUUAUGAUAAUCCUGUCACAUCGUCCGGACAGCAUUUGAAAUGAAAGUGACAAAACCAUAAAGCCACCGCGAACCCCGAAAACCCUGGAUUAAUACCCGAGUCUCUGUGUUCGCCAGCAUCGGGCAUCGGAUCUUGAGGGAAACAGCAGAUAGAGCCCCGUCCCCUGCUUCACUUCUCCUCUGUUUACUGGAAAGUUCCUCUCUUCUCCUGGCCACUGAAAGGCCUUUUUCCAACCACAGUGCCAGAAAAGGACGCUGCUGAGAAAGCCACAGUGUCAGACAGAACUGGAUUCAAUGCAGGCUACCGUGUGUAACACUAAUGAGCAACAGGACCCUUCUGGCUUGGUGCAGAGGGAGCCAGAUCGGGAGGAGCAGCCUGAAGACAACAUGCCCCCCAAGUUUAAACGACACCUCAAUGACGACGAGGUCACGGGAUCCAUUCGCAGCGAGAGGAGGAACCUACUGGAGGAGGACUCUGAUGAGGAGGAAGACUUCUUUCUGAGAGGGCCCACAGGACCCAGAUUUGGACCUCAGAAUGACAAAAUGAAGCAGGUGCAGUCGCAGGUCGAUGAGGUGAUCGAUGUGAUGCAGGAGAACAUCUCCAAGGUGAUAGAGAGGGGCGAGCGUCUCGACGACCUGCAGGACAAGUCGGAGAGCCUUUCAGACAACGCAUCUGCCUUCAGUAGCCGAGCCAAACAGCUGCACAGGAGGAUGUGGUGGAGAGACAUGAAGAUGAAGAUGAUUAUUGCCUUGGUAGUUGUUGCUCUCCUUCUCAUUAUCAUCGUUCCAGUGAUCCUGCGAUAUCGCUAGUGUCUGAGGAGGAGGAGGAUGGGGGGGGACCCUCCUUUCUCUCUUCUUCCUCUCUCUCUCUCUCUCUCCUCUGCACACAGUCCUCCACUCCCGCUAGGGGGCACCAGCCAGCCUUCCACACCCUCCUCAGUGUCAGCCUGUGUACCCUCAAGGAUCUGGCCUCAACUUGCCCUUAGUACAGAUCUUAUCAUUGGUAUUUCCACAUAAAUCUGCUGUGAGAUCAGUACUAAGGCUCGGUUUGAUCCCUGGUUUUUAAAACUAAGCUACAGAAAGGGGACAUGGGAGAAUUGGGGAGAUAUUUAAUGCCGUUUGGGAGAAAACACUGACUCUCAGCCCUCUAGUCAAUGUGAAGGAGUGCUCCAUUCCAUGAUACAUAUCACGUGUAGGGCCCUGUCUUUGCCUUGACCACAGGGAAAGUCCAGGUCCUGCAUAUUACAUAAUAUAGAUAGAUACUGUAAAGGCAGGGAAUCCGUGCCAGCUAGCUGGUCUGAAUCUGCUGCAGCAGUCUCAUAUAAAGGGGCUCUAACAUUUAGUGAAUGAAACUCAGAUGUCUACCCAUGAUUCCUUGUGUGCCAUCUCCUCACCGCCUGAGGAUGAGAAUGUUUAUAGGGAUCAUUUUGCGAACACGGGCACAUUUCACUGUUCACCACAAAGCGAGGGAACAUCCGAGGUUCAUCAGCGUAGUCAAAGGUCACUUCUUUUAAUCAUCAAAAACGCUUUCCGACAGGAAAGUGAUUUCACUUGUCAGGUAUGUUUCAUCAUCAGUACAGAUUAUUGGAAAAGGGACUAAAGAAAGGAAGGCCAUCUGUUCAGACAAUAUCCUGCUUUCUUUAGAUUGUUCUACUCCAUAAAUCACCUUUCCAUUUCUGUCUGCCUCUUGAUAUCUUGUUAUACUGUACAGCAGGACCAUGUCAAACCAAAACAUCCAGGUUAUGAAUGUCUCCUCGCCACUCUGCACUCUAAACCUCUCACCUUCCUCCUGGGUUGUGCUGAGCUCUGGGCUGGUUUGGUCACGGCUAUCCUACUUUCCUGCUAGUGACAUUAAACUGUCUCUCUCUCUGCAGAUGCAGUUCUGUUUGGUUUUAAUACUGCUUUUGUCUUUUUUUCACUAUUCUUAAAUUCUUAUUUCUGCUGGUCGGUUCUGCUUGUAUGAAUGUUGGUAUUCCCAUCGCCACUGAAGGGAGAGUUUAUCUCUCUGUACUGUUACGUUAUGUUUAAGGAGGGGUAAUUGAAGUGAUGCAAGUUAAACGUUGAGCUGUGAAACAAACUUGGUGUCAUUGUGUCUGGAUUAAAUAACUGUAUAAUACAUUUAAACUCUACAUUGUCAUUUUAUUAUUUUUAAUGUAAUUUAUUUUAGCUGUAAAUAUUGAUUCUGUAAUGAUGUACAAUACUCUGGCAUUGCAUUGGAAGACUGUGAUAUACUGAUCUUUUUUGCUCUAAAAUAAAGUGAUUUUAAAGGGCA